CACUGCUGGGUACAAAUAUACUCAACAUUGUAUAAAACCAAGUCUGGAAUGAAGCACAGAAGGAGUUCUGCUCUGCCUUUCAGUGCUUUAAAGAUGAACUUGUGGAUACUCCUGACUAUCACUUCACUGGCUGAAUGCCGUUAUCUAAAAAGAGCCGCUCAAUCCUGCCCAGAUCUGUGCUCCUGCUCCUUUCCACCUUCAGGUGCAGAUGUGGUGUGCAGCCGAAGCUCCCUUCAACAAUUCCCUGUUGAUGGUUUAGACCCCAACACCACUCGACUAUCCAUCCAAUCCUCCAACCUCAGCAGUAUUACAGCCAGUCAUUUGAGCGCUGUGCCCCUAUUAAACAACCUCCAGCUGUAUCACAGCAACCUGACAAGCCUUCCCUCAGAUCUACUGAAGGACGUUCCUCACUUGAACAUGUUGGAUCUGACGGGUAACCGGCUGGUCCAACUUCCUCCCAAUGUCUUCAGCCAUGCCUCACUUCAUAGUCUUGUACUGAAGAAUAAUCUGAUUGAAAAAGCAGAUGCUGAGUGGUUCAGUGGCAACAGCAGCCUGACCUGGCUGGACUUGUCUGGAAACCGUUUAACAGGCGUGCCUGCAUCUCUGCUUCACAAACUGCCCAACCUGGAGACUCUAGACUUGAGUGACAACAAUCUGCAAGACCUACAACCGGACGCCCUGAGCAACCUGCACCGCCUGGAGUCACUGAAUCUCGCUGGUAACAAAUUAAGCUCCCUGACAACUACAAUCUUCUCCCACAACCUGAAACUAUCCCAACUGUUUCUACAGGAGAAUCAGCUCCGAGAGCUACCGGCGACCCUCCUCCAGGGUCUCCAUAAUCUCGAACUCCUGCUGCUCAAUCAGAAUCAGCUGCAGCAUUUCCCCUCAGGGCUGCUGGAUGGCAGAAAGUCCUCCUUCCAGAUGGCCUUAACAGGAAAUCCCUGGGUGUGCGAUGAGGGGAUGGAGUAUCUGUGGAAGUGGCUCACGGUCCAUCCUCAAAAUGUCUUCUUUUUGGAGGAGGUGACCUGUGCAGGUCCUGGAGCUCUUAAACAUCGACAAGUGGUCUCUUUAACUGACACUGAGCUUGGACUUCAGAAGAUUCAGAAUUAG